AUGGGCCUUUUUUGGGAUUUUACCUUUUUCAUUUUGUCCAGUUCCACGCUGGGAGCUGCUGCUCUCUUGCUUGUUCUUUAUCUCGUCUCCGUCAUUUUAAUUUCUAAGGAAAAAAGAAAGGAACCCCCAGGACCGAGGCCUCUGCCUCUGCUUGGCAACCUGUUGCAAUUUGAUCUCAAGAGGCCUUACAAAACUCUCUAUACACUUUCAAGGAAGUACGGGUCUGUAUUUACGGUUCAUUUUGGAAGCAGCAAAGUUGUGGUCCUAGCUGGAUAUCAAACAGUCAGAGAGGCGCUGGUCAACUAUGCAGAGGAGUUUGGAGAGCGGAACAUCUCCCCUAUAUUUUAUGACGUGAACCGAGGCCAUGGAAUUCUGUUUGCAAAUGGGGCAUCGUGGAAAGAGCUGAGACGUUUUGCCCUCACCACCCUCAAAGAGUUUGGGAUGGGGAAAAAACAUUCUCAGGAUAAAAUCUUGGAGGAGUGUGGGUAUCUGAUUCAAAUGAUUGAAGCACAUAAAGGAGAGCCAUUUGAUACAGCACUGCCAAUGAAUUAUGCAACAGCCAACAUUAUCUCCUCUAUUGUGUAUGGAGGCAGAUUUGACUACGAUGACCCAAUAUUUAAAAACAUGUUGAAGCGAGCCAAUCAAACCAUAUACCUCACAGGUUCUGCAUCUGUCCAGCUUUAUAACAUGUUUCCCCGGUUGUUCAGAUGGAUAAAAAACCGCCGGGUGGUACUGAAAAAUGUUGAGAUGACCGUGAGAGAUGUAAAGCACUUAAUCAAGCAUCUGAAAGACACGCUGGACCCUGACAUGUGCCAAGGGUUUGUGGACUGUUUUCUGAUUUGGAAGCAGAAAGAAGUACAAUCUGGUGUUACUGACACUCACUACAAUGAAGAGAACUUGAUAUUCACAGUGGCCAACCUGUUUGCUGCUGGUACUGACACCACAGCAGUCACAAUGAGAUGGUGUUUGCUGUUAAUGGCUAAAUAUCCACAUAUACAGGAGCAGGUCCACAAGGAGCUGAAACAAGUAGUAGGAAGUCGUCAAGUCUGUGCAGAUGACCGGAAAAGCCUGCCGUACACUGAUGCAGUCAUUCACGAGACUCAAAGACUGGCUGAUAUUGUCCCUAUGUCUCUUCCUCACCAAACCAGCUGUGAUAUCACCUUCCGUGGAUUCUUUAUUAGAAAGGGAACUAUUGUGUUUCCCCUUCUAACCUCUGUCCUGUAUGAUGAGAGUGAAUGGGAGAGCCCACACACUUUCAACCCCUCUCAUUUCCUGAAUAAGGAGGGUAAAUUUGUCAGGAAAGAUGCCUUCAUGCCCUUUUCUGCAGGUCGCAGGAUGUGUCUUGGUGAAAGUCUGGCUAAGAUGGAGCUCUUCCUGUUCUUCACCUCCCUCAUUCAGCGCUUUCGUUUCACUCCUCCUCCUGGAAUUACAGAGGAUGAACUGGAUGUGACACCAGCUGAGGGAUUAAUCAUCCCUCCAUCACCUCAUAUGCUGUGUGCUGUCAGUCGCCAGUGAGACUGAGCUUAAAAGGGUCUUUAAGGUGAAUGCCCAUGGCAAGCAAAAAUAUAAUUUUUCAACCCCCAGCAGAUUUCCUCAUCCUCAACACCAUGAUUGGUGAGCAAAGGCAGAUGCUGUCAGAUAAAAGGAGAAAAAUGUAUUUCCAU